AUGUCGUCUGCAUACUCCAGAUCCGGCAGUCUGUUGUGUGGGAUCAAAUCGAUGCCACUAUCCUCGCACGAGGACGACUGUUUCCAGAAAGAUUAUCGUACCAUGAUUUGUUUGGCACAGUCUGGUGUCAGACGAGUCCAAGUUGGUACUGUACUCGGUCAGUUUGUGGCAGGCACGUUGUCUCAAGUACGUGAAAUACCAGACAAAGAGACGGGCUUGAUUCACUACUCUGCAUCUGACAAGACAAAAUAUGAUUCGGAGCUACUGACCGCCGGGCUGAAUGGGAGCACAGCAGCUGGAGGUCAGUCUGAGUCCCGACCACUCACACGGACGAAAAAACUUCCUGUGCCGUGGCGUCACAUUCUCGCCUCCCCACCGGUUUGGGCCCUUCUCAUAGCCCACGUCACCUACAACUGGUCCUGGUACAGUUUGAUUACCUCGAUGCCAACUUAUAUGGCUCGAGUGCUCGGAUUUGAUAUGUUUGAUAAUGGAAUUCUCUCGUCCAUACCGUACGUGGUACAAAUCAUUGUCGCAUUGGCGGUCGCGCAAACCUCGGAUAUGCUCAUUGCACGUCAUUUACUCUCGGUUACAUGGGUGCGAAAAUUGAACAAUCUAGUCGCUCUUGGCGGUGUGGGUGCUGGACUAUUGAUUGUGAGCUACCUCGGUUGUCGGCGCGUGGCGUCAGUUGCUCUACUAGCGACCAGUAUCGGUCUUAUGGGAUUUGCCACUUCCGGGUACAGUGCAAACACGGUGGAUCUGGCACCAAAAUUUGCCGGGAAUAUCAUUUCACUCACGAACACCGUAGCCACGUUGCCCGGGAUAUUUGGCCCGAUGUUGGUCGGUUACAUGACCAAGGAUGGGUCCACAAUCGAGAAUUGGCGUGUUGUGUUCGGUGUAUCCACCGCCUUAGCAUGGUUUGGCGCUCUGCUCAAUCUGAUACUAACAAGCGGAGAAGUUCAAUCAUGGGCACAACCGACCGAAGACUUGACCGAACCGAAUAAAGCAGACAAUGGAGCCCGGAAAACCAAACGCUGA